CAAUCGAGGACCGGUUCUUUUGGUUCUUUUAUUUUUUCGUUAAUGUUAGUGUGUUUUGUAGGUGAAGUAGCUUCACAAAUAUAAUUAUGUCUCAGCGUGUUGUGUUAACAACCACUACUCAUUGCUAAAAACCCAUCAUAAUUAAGAAAAUGGAAUUUUAAUUGCUCUUGAAAACCUAAAUUUUUACAGUUCUAAGUGUCCAGUUAUGUAGUGAUCACAUCUGAAGUCCAAUCGACUAACUUUUAGUUCUAAAAGUGCUAAAAUAUGUUCGGGGUUGGAUUUACACUAGUUUUGUUUUUUGGCAGUGUUGUGAGUCAAGAUCUCGUAUCACCGUGCCCUAACUGGUUCAGAUAUGAACCCAGAAAGCCCGAUGAGCCAGAUCGAAUUUAUGGUGACCUUACCCUUACGUCAGAUUCUGAUCUUAAUGGGAUAUGGCUUCGAGUGAUAUUUGAUAAACCUAGUUUACAACUAGGGAACUGGUUUGGUAUAGUAAAGACUGAUGACAACACCAUGUACAAAAUUCAAGCUCCGAACAAAAAGCUACUAGCUAACGUACCUACAAAGGUUCGCUUUUAUAUUAAAUACGACACCAGUCAGCCACCUCCGAAGUUGGUGGAAAUUCGUCUUAAUGCCAAAACAGUUUGUCCUGAAAAAGGAGCGACGACCGAGGCUCCAGCAAGUACUGACAUGUACUUCACAAGCCCUGAAUUGAAUAUUCCGAGUACUCAAAGACCUUUUGAAAGACCUACACGACCAUCAAGACCAUCAAGACCUACUGUGCCUAUAAAUCCGCCAGUCAGCUCUAUCGAUAAUUUUUACGAAAACAACAAUGGAAGGCCCUCUAAUUCCGAUGACGAUGAUUUCUUUAUGGGAGACUUUGCCUGGUUGGGAAAACCUAGACCGAAUAGACCACAGUAUCUAGAAGAAGAGUGUGGAGUCGUUAUUAAACCUGCCCAACCCUUAAUAACAUAUGGAGAACCAACAGGAGAAGGAGAAUUUCCUUGGCAUGCAGCCCUCUAUCACGCAAGAGGAAUAGACCUAACAUACAUAUGCGGCGCAACUCUUAUUACUAGAUAUCAUUUGAUCACUGUAGCCCACUGUGUAACAAGAUUGAAGACGCAAAAUGCUUUAUCUCCAUCUAGUCUCAUGGUAUAUUUAGGUAAAUAUUAUUUGAAAGUUUGGUCCAACGCAGGCAUCCAAGAUAGACAAAUAGAGAAAAUUAUUGUUCAUCAGAAUUACAAUUCUCGUACGUUCAAUCAUGAUAUCGCCAUUCUAAAGCUAAUAGAACCGGCCGAAAUAACAAACUAUGUAAGACCGGCAUGUUUGUGGGAAGACAACACAAGUUUGGAAAGUGUUAUCGGAAGGCAAGGUACUGUCGUCGGUUGGGGAUUUGACGAGACGGGCAGAGUCACUGAACAACUAACGAAAGCUCACAUGCCUGUGGUAUCACAAGAAACCUGCAUAUACUCCUUUCCAGAGUUCUAUUCCAGAUUUACAUCUGACCAUACUUACUGCGCAGGCUUUAACAAUGGUAAGACUCCCGUAAACGAAACUUAUGCAAUAAACAGGGGGGCGGCUUACUCAACAUACGUUAACUUUCUGAUCAAAUAUUUUCGAUACCAGUAUUCGCAAGGGGACUGGAAAAAUCAGCCUGCAGGUACCUCAGUAUGCAAUGGUGACUCUGGCGGCGGAAUGGUGUUCCCAAGAUCAGGCUCCAGUCCAAAUAACCCCAUUUGGGAGAUAAGGGGAAUGGUGUCCAUAAGUGUGGCGUUACAAAAUCAAUUCCGAUGUGAUUCAUCGCAUUAUGUAGUAUUUACUGAUAUAGCUAAAUAUUUGGACUGGAUCAAGAACGCUCUCACUCUUUAACAUCCUGACUAAUAAUAUGUAAUAGAAUAAGUAAUUUUUAACGAUAACUAUGUCAUAACUAUUAAAUAUUUAGAUAAUUUUACCUAUUUAUAACAAUAAAAAUAUUAAGACUAAAA